CCGAGAUUAAAAAAUCAAAGGAUGCCCUUCUCUUAUAUUUAGGGUUUCGCUGCCACUCUCCACACAGCAAACCCUAGUUAGUACUCACAAGAAAUCGCAUCUUUGAGCCAUGGGGGCUUACACAUACGUGUCGGAGCUAUGGAGGAAGAAGCAGUCAGAUGUGAUGAGGUUCUUGCUAAGGGUGAGGUGUUGGGAGUACCGUCAGCUUCCUUCUAUUGUUCGUGUCACUCACCCCACUCGCCCUGACAAGGCUCGCCGAUUGGGCUACAAGGCCAAGCAGGGCUAUGUGGUCUACCGUGUCCGUAUUAGGCGAGGUGGCCGCAAGAGGCCAGUUCCCAAGGGUAUUGUGUAUGGUAAGCCCACAAACCAGGGUGUUACCCAACUGAAGUUCCAGCGCAGCAAGAGGUCAGUUGCAGAGGAACGUGCUGGUCGAAAGUUGGGUGGUCUUAAGGUUGUCAAUUCGUACUGGAUUAAUGAGGAUUCAACUUACAAGUACUUCGAGGUAAUCCUGGUUGAUCCUGCUCAUAAUGCCAUCCGAAAUGACCCAAGAAUCAACUGGAUCUGCAACCCUGUACACAAGCACAGGGAACUCCGCGGUCUCACUUCUGCAGGAAAGAAAUACAGGGGUCUACGUGGAAAGGGACACAGGCACCACAAGGCGCGUCCUUCUCGCAGGGCAACCUGGAAGAGAAACAACACCCUCUCCCUCCGCCGUUACCGUUGAUUUUGCUGAUAUAUCUUGGUUUUUUUUGCACUGCUAUCUGGAUUUUGUUUGAAAGACAGCAAUAUCUCCUAUCUGAGUUUGAAAUUUUGUUGCUUGUAAGACAUCUUAAACAUGUUCCAGCUAAAUGGUUUAGACUCAUACGUAUGGAAAUGUUGGUUUAUGCAUUGCUUUUUAUAAAUUGCUUAAACAUGAAUUUUUUUCUA